UACAAUAUUGAACCUAUGUAUAAUCCGUUUGAGGAAAAAUUAAUUCCUUUACGAAUCGAUGAAGUAAAAACUGAUAUUGAUAAAGAAUCAAUUUUGAAGAAUGCUGUUGUUUUAGAAGAAGAAUAUUUUGUUGCACCCUUGAAUAAUUAUAAAAAAACAUGAGUAUAACACAGAUUUUAAGAGAAAUAAGUGCAAAUUUUAUAAACUUUACAGAACAUAGUUUCAUUUAUGGACCUCAGGGUAAAAUGUUAUUACGAAAUCUAGAAGAACAUUGGUUCUUACAUGCUAUUACAAUGUCAUCUUACAAUAUAUUUUUAUCAGAAAAGUUUACAGACUCCUUAAAUUUCAUAACUAAAAAUCCAAUGGGUAAAAUUCCAUUUGGAUUAGCUACCAUAAAAGAUUCAAAAACUUCUUGGAAUGAAAAUAUUGAACCAGUUGCAUCUAAUUUGAAACAUCAUAAAACUAUGGAAAUAGUUAUUUUUGAGAAUAAUAUAAACGCUAAAAAUUUAUACCAUAAAAUGCAAAAAGAACGUAAAGCUUGGUGGCGUAGAUUAGCUCAGAAACCUUCCAGGUUUAAGAUUACAGAAACUAAAAAGGUGGACAAUUUUGACUUGGUAGAUAUAGAAGCUCAAUUUCCAUAUGAUACCAUCACUGUAGAAAAAAUAGCUUACCAUACUGAUGUUCAUAAGUUAUUAACUCAGAUUGAUAAUAAAAAAGAUCUUGACGACAUACAAAUGGUCGAACAUGUAUUAUCUUUAGAUUGGGGUUGCUUAGCACUACUUUGUGAUGCUUAUGAUGUAGAUGAAAGAGCUACAAUACGUAUUCAUUCUAAAUUAGCACCACAUAAAGUUGCAAUUCAUAUAAAAAAUUUACAGAAUGAAACGAAUAUUGGAAAUGAUGAUUUAAAUCGCUUUGUACUUUACUUAAAUAACAUGCUUAGAACAAAGGGCCUGAAUACUAUAUUAACCACCUCAGAAGAAGUCGUAAAUGUGUGCUUAGUUCCUUUUAUAGUCUUAGUUGACAGGACUAGUCUUGAAAAUGGCAUUAUACAUGUAACAAACAGAUCAACAACUCUCAACCAAGCGAUUCACAUAACCGAUUUAGUAAAAUAUAUAACAAUGCAUUGUUAACCAACCAAUGUGGUUAAAUACUUUAUAUCAAUAAAAUGUUUGAAUUGAGCUUUCAAAAUAUAUUACUAGCACAAAUAUUCUAUUAAUUAAUAAGGAAUAUAACAAAUUGUAAAAACAGUUAUAAGUUUCGUUCGUUUUGUAUUUGAUAUAUUACUCACUAAUUUGUGAAAUAUGUAGCUAUUUUAUUCUGUCAUAGUAUUUUUUAAAAAAUGUAAUAUCUUAAGAAAUCAAUAAGGAUAAGAUUCUACAAAGUACAUGUAACCACAUGGAAUUAAGAUGAAAAGUUACAUAUACAGUAGUGCGCAGCUAAAUUUAUAUAACUUCG